UUUAGGUAGUUACAUAAUGUAACAUGUAAGAAGUUGUUCCUUAAUCUAUAUUAUUCUGUGCCUUGAUCUGUUUAUAUAUGAAUCUAAAGUGGGAGUUAAAACAAUCAGGUGAUCAAUUUAUUCAGCCUCAGCUGCCCUUCGAUUCAUUCUAAUUCUACUUGUGUCACGCGUCGUCUAUUCUCUACAGUAACAGAUUAUUCUCGACACUGGACGAUUGCUGUCCAAAUUGUCUGCGGGAAGUCGACAUAAACAGCUGCCAGAGCCGUUGAAACUACUGCCAAGGCUGUCAUCAUGUCUACCACACCUAGAUCAUCAUCACCAGUGAAACAAUCACUUUCUCAGGAUGAAAUGGCAGGUGAUCAAUCAAUGAUGGUAGAGUUACCAACUCAUUUGGGUGACCAAACUGAGUUCGUUGAUCCCGAGGAAGAUGUGACGGUAAAGCUACAUUCACAAUCACAAUCACAGCCGCGAUCGCCUCCACGGACUCAGGGCCCCAAGGUCGAUCAGGGCCAAGACAUAUCGCUUAUGGCUAGACAGUUGGACCGUCAACGUCAGACACGAACCCCCGAGCCACAAAAGCGACGGAGUAAUAGGUCUGAAAUGCAGAGCCCCGGCCAUCUCGUUGCAUUUGAUUGGGAAGACUUCGAGGAUCGCUAUGAGAAAGCUCUACAAGAGGCUGAUGAGCAAGAGAAGCAGCUCUUGGAAGAGUUUGAUACUCUUGUCAAGUACUUCAACGUCUGGGCGUCAGCUUCGUCCGCCCAUGAUAAUGAGAGAGCGGUCAAAAGAUUACAAACUCGCGAAAGACAUGUGCGCCUUUCUGAGCAAGCACUCUUACAAAAGAAGCAACAUCUAUCCGAAGUAGUGAAGGCCUUCCAGAGUGCUCUGGCACUUCUAAGAUCAACUUAAGCCCACGUAUUAUAUGUUUAUAUGGCGGUGCAUGAUAUCAGUGUGCAUACAAUGAAUAUAGGUGAGGUUUACGACUUGACGACUUUUACGAUGCUUAUGAAUUAAUUACGAUAUGAACUUGUACUUAGCUGCAUACAUACAAUUUGCUACCGUAUCUAGCCUUAUGAUCUAUAUUUUACAUUGAUGUCUUCUUGACAUUUGGUAUGCCUCGUUCUCAGGUAAUGAAUACAUUGUACUUAGGUACAUAGGUACAUAUACGUAGGUA